AUGAACUUGAAAGGGCUAUUCCAAGAUUUCAAUCCAAGGUAACAUACGUUUCUCUUUUAUUUUUGUUUGUUUAUACUGUUCUCCCAUCCCAGUCCAUUACGAUUGGACAACACAAUAACAGGUAGUUUCUGGACCGUUUUCAUACCGUUAUGGAUAUAACUGAUUGUGUUCACUGGUGCGACUGUCGGUGUCACCGUGUGGAUAAAGCAUCCAGAGUACAGAGUUGAAGGAGAAGGUUAUGUGGAGUUCAAAGCAAUGAACAUCUGUGUGACCUUGAACUUGUUAUUAUUUGUGUUUGAGAUACUAGCAUGUGACAAUCUGGAGACACAUCGCCAUCUCUGGAUACUGGUUUUCAUGCCGUUAUUCUUCGUAUCGCCGCUGUCGAUAGCGGCAUGUAUUUGGGGAUUCAGACAUGACAGGUCACUUGAGUUGGAGGCAAUAUUAUCUGUGAAUAUUCUGCAGUUUAUUUUUAUAGCGCUAAGACUAGAUGGAGUUAUAACAUGGAGCUGGGUGAUUGUCUUCAUCCCAGUGUGGAUAUUGAUGUGUUUAUUGUGUCUAAUAGUAAUAUAUUAUAUUAUAUGGUCUAUAUUGUUCAUGAGAUCGACUGAUAUCAUGGCGGAGCAACGAAGAGCACAUGUAAUGAUGGCAUUCACUGCUAUGGCUUUAGUACUACCGUUAUUGACUUGGGAGGUACUAUUAGCUAACAAGCUGGACGGCAACAAUGAUUACGCCUUUAUUGCAAUAUUUACUCCAUUGUAUAUUUCAUUGUUGACGCUGAUUGGUACGGCAUUUGGCCAGCGAGGGGGUAAUCCAUGGUGGUUUGGAAUAAGGAAAGAUUUCUGUCAGUUUCUGCUGGAAAUCUGUCCAUUUUUACAGGAAUAUGGGAACAUUUCGUACAAGAUACAACGAGAUGAGAACUCAAGUCCAGAGUCAUCAGAAAUAGACAGAGAUUCAAUCUCGGAAUGUGAUUCUAAGUCUAAAAUAAGUAUAAGUUCAUCCAGGGUGGUCAUGCCUCUAGUAUCAAUUGAAACACCUGACUAAAAUAUGUACUUUAUUAAUUGAUAAGAACCUG